AUGGCGAAUAUGAUCGGCCCCACGACUUGGAAUGACGAGAGCUCCAAAGCUAUCGAGCAAUACAUGGCCGAAACAAUACACCUAGUUGUCUGGGCCGUCAACAAUCGAUACCUUGGCUCAGACUCCGGCAACACGAAGACAAACAGCCAUACAGUCUGGGACCGCUUCACCGACGAUUUCAACGCAGAGCCCGAGUUUCUCUCGGCGGCAGUGGCGCGCGACCUUACGCAACCUCUUCCACUCAGUCUCGGCGAUGACGGAUUCAAAACCUAUGUGAUCGGACGAGACAGAGUACAAGAGAUGUUCCGACAUCUCGUCGAUGCGUAUCCGGACUAUCGGAUGAAGGCGAACGAUCUCUCCACGACGGUUCAUGAGAAGGCACGAUGGGCGAUCUCGUAUGUUUCCAUGGAGACGUUUGAUCUGCCGCCUGGAGUGAUCAGGCAUAGCUUGGGUGUUUUCGAGUGGAAAAAGAUUGGCGGGAAGUGGUUGAUGAGCAAGUACGAGGGUCACUGGGUCUACGCCGAAUGUCCGAUCGAUGAUGGAGUUGCUAUCCGACUUCUGGAAGUUCAUCAAGGCCCACGCGAUGCACGAGCAGCCACACCGAGGCCUCCAGUCCAGGCUGACCUGAAACUGUUCAGACUCACAGAAGCGCCGCCUUACAUUGCCCUUUCCUACUCCUGGGGUGAAUUACCCGCUGAUACUGGAGUCUAUGUCGGACCACUCGCCACGCUACUGGUUUCCAAACACCUUGAGAACGCAUUGAGGCAGCUGAGAGACCCGACCAGAAGCGUCCUAGUUUGGGUCGAUGCGCUCUGCAUCAAUCAGGCCGAUCUCGAAGAGCGGAACAAGCAAGUCAGCAUGAUGAAACAGAUCUUCUCAACGGCAGAAUCAGUCUACAUAUGGCUUGGCAUGGCGCCGGGAAAACCAGCGGCUCGGGAACUCGAAGAUGGACCAGACAGUGGUGAUCUCCGUUGGAUGGUGUCUUUGGACAGGGCAACGAGAGAGAAUGAGCAGUUCGUGGGGUUAUCGACCAUUGACCUGGACUACCUGCUAUCGUGGAAGGAACAUGCCUGGUGGAAACGCAAGUGGGUUCUUCAAGAGAUUGCUGUUGCCAGGUACCCACCCCUCGUGCUAUUCGACGACUAUGUUUUUGAUGGAUGGGCAUUUUUCCGCGCAUGGCCGAUGGAGCUUGUGUUCUCUCGACAAUGGGAUGUUCAGGCCGAUGACAUCGAUUUCCAUGUGGUUGGCACACAAAAGGUCUGGAAAGCUUUUAUGUCUGCCGAGCACUCGAUGAGAGUCCCAUGGAAGCUCAGGAGUUGGUGGGAGUACUAUCAAGUACCCUUGGAUGGUGGCCGUCCACUGGGAGAGCUCCUGAGACUUGCCGCUGCUUCGCUAGCAUCUCACGAUCUCGAUCAUGUCUUUGGAUUGAUUGGACUUGCAAUGCCUUUUCAUCGAGCCGCCAUACCGAUCGACUACAAGAGGACGCCGAAGGAGUUGUUCACGGAUAUGUCUCGACUGCUGUGGACCAAGGAAACGAACCCAACUCAGCAUGCCAUACUCAAAGACAGCGAGGACUCUUCCUUUGACGUUCUAGCUUUUCAAUGGGAGAGAUACGAAUCACCUUCAUGGGUCUGCGACUUCGCACGACCCACUACCGUUGACAGAAUAGAUUAUCAGAUGUGGCUCUAUCUUAAUGAUGGGCAAGCUGCAGAACGUUGCAGCGAUUUUCAGGAGGAGCCAGGAUCUCCUGUCACCACCAGAGCCGGUGGUCGAGCCGUCCCUACGGCUAUUGAGUACGCCCGAAAGCGUUGGAACUAUCACAAUGUUCAUGUGCCUCAUGAUCUUGCACCAGGCUCUACCCAUGACACCGAUCAUGGAAGUAUGACUCUCUCACUUGACGGCUUUUCCAUCGGUGUCAUACGGAACGUGAUCAACGCCGCAGACUGCGACCAGGUUUCCAACGCAUGGGAAGCCACCGCCGAGGUGCUCCACUGCGACGAGAAAACUCUGCGAGCUAUUAGGCUGGGAUUCUCAAGAUACGCGGAGAUUGAGAUGUCUCCUGCACAAUUCGCUUCUUUCAUUUUCUUUGCAACAACAAACGGCCACGUUGGGAUUUGUCACUCAAUGACAGUCAACGACGGCCGAGAAAACCACUUUGCCCCACAGCGGGGAGAUCGAGUAGUGUUGGUAUUGGGUGCAAACACGCCCUUCGUUAUUCGCUGCAUGAUAUCGAACGACUCUUGCGGCUGCCGCAACGGGAACGUCCACACCAUUACCGAGCUCGAACGAUUCAUCAUCUGCUAG